GGUUCCCCAGUCCUAUAUUGUGUUUAUACGAUCAGGAACCCUGGCUCCUCUUAUGAAGGGUGGUAUGAUUGCCAGGGUUUUAACCGAUUUCCCGGAAGUAACACAGAACAGUAUGACUUGGCACAAAUUAGACUUACUGGGAGCUCCUUCUGCACUAAAUGUGCUGACGAUGCUUUUUACCGUGGUCACCAGCUUGCAAGUCAUGGUUGUUACAAUUGUGGUUGCUUGGAUGGUUCACGCCAAUGUGGCUGCGAGCCGUACUGCCCUAAUGUCCCUGCCCAGAAAGAUGAUAUCAAGCGCCAAGAGAUACCCCUGCAUUGGCAAAUGGUUUCCCAAAGCAGCCACAACAACAUUAGAAUAGAGUUGGGACGGCAGCAUGGUAUAGAUGAAGUUUCUAUCAAACCUAAUCAAAAUAAGUACGGAUCUGACCAUUAUGGUACUCUGCAAGUAAUAGUGAUGGACGGUAGAGAAGAAUAUAUUUGCGGUACUUCUUCACUGUCCGCGAGUGACAGAACACACUACGGUGUUACUUGUAACGGAGUGAUAGGUGAUGCAGUGUAUGUGACGAUCAACUCCACCUAUGAUCAUGAUGCUGUCCUGACUAUUGGGGAGAUCAAAGUCUUCGAAAUUUUCCGUACAGUGGACUGUGAACCUGGUUCUAAUGGAACUGCUUGUCCUGAUACAUCCCCUGAUGAGAAUUCUGAACCCAAAUGUGCUCUUCUUGUCAUGAACGGAGAGUUUUCUAAGAUCACCUGCAGUAACUUCACCGAGUGUACUUACUACUGCACGGACACCUCGAUGAAGUUCACUGUAACGAUGUCAGAAAGAGUGGAGGUGGUCUCUGAAAUGGUGUUAACAUGCGAUCCAGCUACUUCACGGUGGUCACACGUGACCGAUAAGAAUCCUCUCGGCGACUUCCCGUCUUGCAGAGCGAUUCAAAGUGAAAUUCCUGUUAUCAAAUGGGUUUCAACAUUCUCUGCAACUAAUGAAAACGACCGUCAAUCUCGCUCGGUAGACUCUGGUCAGGACUUCUCCGCCAAAUGCCCUUCCAACAUAGGAGAGUCAGUUUUACUGAGUCUUCCUAGUCUAGGAGGAGUUAUUGGGCAGUGCUUUGGGGAAUCCCAGGAAUCAAAGUUCUUUCCGUGCAGCUUCAUGGAAAUCGGAGAUGUUACGUGCGUGGUUUUAGAUGACGGCAGCUUACAAAUAACAACAGUUAUUGAGUUCAAUAUCGGUUCCGAAUCAGAAGAUCAAAGCGGAUCUAGCAAAUAUCUAAAUAUUAUCAAUGAAAAUCUCAGUUCAUCUCUUGGGGAGAGCGACUUUAUUUUGACCAUCGAUGGAAAAACAUUCAAAAGUAACAAUGAUCACACUAUCGAAGUGAAAGAAACCUGCCAGCUAGGCCUGGUAAAGGUACAACUGACAAAUGAACGCAGUAUUUGCCUGCCUUGUGACAUUGGUCAGUUCCACAACUCCAAAUCUGACACGUGUGACCCGUGUCCCCUGAACGAGUUCGGUAGUGACAUUGGGAUGACCGAGUGUCUCUCUUGUCCCGAUGGUAGAAUAACGCUUCGUGUUGGAUCAAGACUGGACACUGACUGUGUCUCUCCCGCAGAAGUUUGCACGGUGAAUGAAGAAGUUGGAGGGCGCAGAUCGAUCAAACCUGAAACUAAAGUGACAGCUGGUACCCUAAUCCAAACGUUCUGUAGUGAGGGGUAUUCUCUACAGAUGGAAGGAAGGUCGGAGCAGACCUGUGCCUCCUUAAGAUAUGAUCCAGGACAAUGUCAUGAGGUGUGCGAAUUCACCCUGCCGGGAACUUAUCCGGUCGACUUCUCCGAUUUUACUACGGGUGAAGCAUACACGGAUAAGUUUCUAAGAUAUAAAGACACAGUAACAUACAGUUGCUUAGCUGAAACUGGUUUCUUGACUUGUGAGGUGCCGGGAGACCAGAUUGUUUUCUCGGAGAUAUGUGAAAAGCCAGAAAAGCCCUCCAGUCCUGAAAUAUGUUCCAGUAUCAGUGAAUAUAGCACAGUGUAUGGUGAUUACAGCUGGCCAAAGACAGAAUCGAGUGCUUUCGCGAUAUCAUUCUGCUACUAUAACAAAGAUUCAUAUGCUCGUAAGUUUUGCUCAGAGACCGGCUUUUUCGAAGAUACAGAUUUUUCCUCCUGUCCUUCUGCAGUUUCAAAUGACAUUAACGACAUCCUUAAGGAAGUUCAACUUCAAAUUAUGACAGAGGGCACACAGGACUCCAUAUCUGAUAAAAUCAAGGAUACCACCAGUGAUUCAGCAGAACAAAUGAGCUCCGCAGACGUUCAGAGUACUGUACAAAUAAUUGACGAAAUCCUUGUUGCUCCUGAUUUAGAAAUAUCAGAUGCGACCCUUGACAACCUGAUAGCGACGGUGGAUAACGUCCAAACGAACACAGAGGUGGAUGAAUUGAGAAAGGAUGGUACAAGUGACAAGUUAAGAGAAUCAGCCGUGAAGAUUGUUAGUGAGAUUGCUGAUCAAGGGACAAAUACUUUCAAACCUUUGAACUCUGUCGGUUUCGCCGUUGCUUCGGUGAGUGAAUAUGGGGAUACACCGGAAAAGAAAAACGUUUUGGUACUUGCCGGUAAUACCAAUGUUAUACAAGGAAGCACAAACAAAGACGGUGCAUAUGAUACAUUCUUUAAGGCUGAAUUAACAACAGAAGGAAAUCAUGUGGCAACUGCAGUGUACUACGAAACAGACAAAUCAUUUCCUUCCAAUGCAAUAUCUCCAAGAUCUUCAGCACAGGACGCAUUCGAAACAAUUGCUCAGAGAAUAUCCGAGGAUCCCGAAGUUAAAGCGCAGGCUGAUGAGUUUAAAGCUGAAGAGGAAGUUUCGUUGGUUGCGACUGUUAUUUCGGAUAUCAACAUUGUGGACUUGGAUAAUUCGGGCAAGAAGAUACCAUUGGGUCCAGACCAAUCAGUCAAUAUUAGCUUUACAGUGAAGGAUGAAACUGAGCUGAAAGUGCACAGCUUUACGAAACGGAAAACUCUAGUUAACAGUCAACUUAAAUGCAAAUUCUACGAAACAUUAAAUACAACAUGGAGUGAUGCAGGUUGUUUUACCGUUACAAGCUACAAUGAAAUAAACAAACAAACCGAUGUCACUUGUUUCUGUGAUCAUUUGACUAGUUUUGCUGUUCUCAUGUCGUUUACGAGCGAGGAAAACUAUUUAGAGGAGCUAGUGUCCCAUAUUCUGCUGGGAAUCAGUCUCUUCUGCCUUCUUCUGACUCUUGCUGCAACCCUUCCCAACAAGAAAAGUUUGAAGAUGAAGUCAACGCAAGUAAAUCUCAUGCUUGUCUUAUCUCUGAUUAUCUCUAUUGUUUGCUUCUACCUGAUGGACUUGUUCGUUGCUGCAGAGGAGAAUGCUAAACCUAGCAUUCCUUGUUCUGUUGUGGCGUUUCUUCUGAACUAUUUCUGGCUAUGUCAGCUAAGUUGGAUGAUAGUAGAAGCAGUUACAAUGUACAUAGCUCUUAUAAGGGUGUUCGGAACCUACAUUACACAGGCUCUGCUAAAAUACAGUAUAUUUGGAUGGGGUGUUCCCCUCAUGUUUCCAUUAAUUGGUCUAGUGUGGGGACGUGUACAGAGUGGGGAGUAUACAGAGUAUGCUGAUCCCAAAACGUGUUUUGUAAAGUACCCCUACGGACUAGUGACCUUCUAUGGCCCUGUUGUGCUAGGUGUUGUAGCAAAUUGGAUAAUGUUCACCUUCAUUGCACGGGUUAUUGUGAAGGCUAACAAGACCAAAGCUCAGACAAUUGUCAAAAUGAGAACCAAACAACUCCAAUCAGCUCUAGCAGUUUCAACUUUGCUCGGAUUGAGUUGGAUCAUAGGAUUCUUCCUUUUAAUGAACAGUUUGAACUACGGUAAAAUCAGUAUCGUGUUCAGAUGGCUGUUCAUAGUAUUAAAUGCUCCACAAGGUUUUUACAUAUUUCUCUUCUACGUUGUUUUGAAGGAGGACACUAGAAAAUUCUGGCUGAAAAAAUUCAACUGCACGAACAAGAAAAGUUCAGGGAUAUCAAACAGUGGUACUGGCUCAAACGAACAAGGUCGGAAACAGAAGAAACUAAAUUCGCGUGUCAUUUCAAACCCAAUGCUGAGUACAUCGUUAAACAGCUCGACCCUGCAAAACUCUCCUAUCUUAUCUGCCCGUCCAUUAACUAAAAUUAACACUGCCAACAAUCAGUUGGCAACUGAAAGUUCCUUCACCAUGGACCCUAUUUGUGAAGUUCAAAUGCAUGUGUUCUUCCCUGAGCCUCUGGAAGAGAGCGGAGAUGACGAGCAAAUUUAUUGCAUCCCCGACGAACUCAAUUUGGAUCAUCCAACCACCCGGCAGACUACCUCAUUGACUUCAGGGGACCCCAUAGUAGUAAACAAUACUUAUCCUAUUGUGGGUACAGAAUAUGAAGCUCCAGAAGAGAAUUUGUAUGCAGACAUGAAUGAACUGUUUGCAGAAAAUAUCUACGCAGAUAAUGAGCAUUCUGCAAGUGCUGAAAUUCAUUUUUAUGCUGAUAACAAGCCAGCUGUGAGCGUGGCUAAUACGGAUAGUGUCCCACCGGUACCAGUGGUACCAGUACCACCGGUACCAGGGGUACCAGUACCACCGGUGGUCACAGUACAAAUCGCUGAAGCGGACUCAGAUUCCUCAGAUUUAGAAUCUGAAUGGGACAGUGUCAGCUCAUAUUCAGACCCAGUGUAUUCAGAUCUUCCAGAUAUCAUUUCAAAACGUAAGACUCACAAGAAAAUGAGAUCUAUUAAAGCAGAAAAAGAAAACGACGUCAGUUUUAUACCACGAGGAUACCCAACCCAACUCACCAUCGGUCACAAAAACGAUCAUUUUGAAGGAGAAGACGAAUUGAAUUCAGAGUGUUCGAGUAGUAGCAGCGCCAGAAAUAGCAUCGUCAUCAUAAACAAACAUGGAAACUUUUGUGAGCGUACUAUUCACGAAAAGAAAGACGACACGAUAGAAAUAAAGUUGAACGAGCGAUUAAACAUGGUAGAACUUGAGGGAGAAUCAUAUUCACUUUCAGGAACUGAUUGCUAGGCUGACUGGAAGUAAAGAAGGAUAUGGACAGAGAUAUUUCAUAUUUAGUUAAUCUAGGUGUUUAAUGUCAGCUUUAGCCUAAUCUAAUGCAUUAUUUUAUAUGCAGCUGCAUGAUCCAGUUAAUUAGGGUUGCAUACUACGAAUUUUAAUCAGUUAACUUUUAUUUCAACAAUUUGAUAAACCUGUUAUCUUUAGUUUUACUUUUAACAGUUGAGGUGACAAUGUGAUCACUGAUCAAUGAUUCAUUUUUAUUUUUAGAUAUUCUAAAUAAAUUUAAAUGAUUGGAUUUUUAUUUUUAGUAUUAUAGAGGAAAAAAGGCAUGAUUUUUUAUUUGGUUUUUUAAUUUUUCCUUUCCGUCUCUCACUCUGAAAGA